UUUGAAAUCCGAAUUGGAGGCUGCGUCGUGUGGCCAACAACUUAUAUUGAGCACGAGAUAUUCACACGAUAUUUGGAAAAUUGAUAUGCUUGAGAGUUUAGAUAAUGGAAGACAGGUUAGAGAAAAUAAAAACACAUAGUUGAAGAUGCGCCCACUACAAAUUUGCCUAAAGCUUCUUCAGCGUCAAACUUACAGUUGUCUGUCCACAAAGGCAGGAACUUGGUUUUGCCUUGGGGGUCUACUUUUACUUGGGAUAUCAAUCAUACAGUUCGGAGAACUUUUCCUAGAAUGGAGCAUGCAGAAAUAUAAAGUGACAUUUAGUUCGCAUCAUGAUAACAUUGCUGGAAGGACUUUUGAGGAAAGGCUUUGCUUACCAAGGCCAAUAGACGUAGUAUACACAUGGGUAAACGGAAGUGACCCUCAACUUGUCAUGCAAUUGACAGAGUUGAAGGGGAGGUUGGUAAUGGAGCUUAAUGCCACUGUGUUAGCCAGAAGUGAUAGCAAAAAAGACAUCCCGAAUGAGAAUCCAAGAAAACCUUUUGAGAAGGGCAAAUUAAAAAGCAGCAAAGUGGCAAGCAGUUCACAUGAACGGUUUAAAUGGAAGGACAAGAAUGUAUGCCCAUACCCUAACUGUGUAGCAUAUAAUGCGAUUGCUGUCUCAGGUCUUCCAGCAAAUGUUACUGUGCUAGAACUGUCAUCUCAAAACAAAUUCCUCUCAGACUUUGAAUUCAGUAAUCUUGAAAACGUGUUUGAUCCGUCUGUCAAAGUACUCACUUUUGAUGAAAGCUUUGACAUUGGAAACCUAGGUAAUAAGACGAUUAUAUUGAAUGGUAAAGAAAUGAAAUUUACUAAAGCAUUUGUAUCCAGCACAAUUCGCCUUGGAGCUAAAAAGUUAGAUGGAAUUGGAAUUAUAAAUUAUGUACCUGAUGAAAUAACCCCAAAAAUAAUUGAAGCUGCACUUAGAGAUGAGAAACUUUAUGGAGCAAAGUUGUCCAUUGAAAAUAGUACAGCAGUCAUAAAAUUUCAAGAUAAAAACAAAGCAAAACAGUUUAUUUUGCAUUUAAGAGGUCAAAUAAUUUUAAAAGGUAAAAAGUUCAAAAUUUUGCCUGCCACCUUUCUUUGGAAGCCGCUCACUAGUCUGGAAGAGGGAAGAGACAGCCUUGAAGAAGAUGUGUCAUCAAGCAGAUUUGCUGACAAUGAGGAAUUGAAAUAUUCGUUAAGAUCAAUUGAAAAAUAUGCACCAUGGAUCAGAAAAAUCUUCAUUGUGACAAAUGGGCAGAUCCCCUCAUGGUUAAACUUAGAUCACCCAAGAGUGAAACUUGUCACACACCAGGAGCUUUUUUUGAAUAAAACUCACUUGCCAACGUUUUCAUCUCCUGCCAUUGAGACACAUAUACAUAGAAUUCCUGGGUUAUCUAAGCAGUUUAUUUACAUGAAUGAUGAUGUUUUCUUUGGUGACUAUGUUUGGCCUGAUGAUUUUUAUACGCAUUCAAAGGGACAGAAAGUUUAUCUUACUUGGCCAGUUCCAAACUGUAAUGAAGGAUGUCCAGCAACAUGGAUAAAUGACAAAUAUUGCGAUAAGCCAUGCAAUGUAUCUGAGUGUGACUGGGAUGGAGGCGAUUGUCUUAAAGGGAACCCAAGCAGAGGAUUCUCUUAUUCACCCCAGUCAUUUCUGGGUAGUGCUUACAGUGCAGUUGGAGAAUAUUGCAAUGGUGGAUGUGCAAACAGUUGGAUAGGAGAUCGUUAUUGUGAUGCCAACUGCAAUGUAUUUAACUGCGGUUUUGAUGCAGGUGACUGUGGACUUACAAAAUUUAAUCAAUUGUCUUCGAUUGAAGCAACAAAUCUCAAAACAGUCAUGGCAAUAACACCUGGAUUGAAAUCUUUCUAUGUUAACUUUACAAGUCUUUUAGGAGAGGGGAUUUUAACAGAGGGUGAAUUUAUAGAAACUUCAGUAAUCAGAACAGCAAUAUUCUCAAAGAAGUUCAAAAUACUAACUGUUAUGCUCUAUGCUAACUUUACUGAAACUGUUGCAUUUACAGUCAGUGGAUAUAAAGAUUUAAACAAAACUAUGCCAAUCAAACUACAGUUUAAUAUUACUGUAGAUACCUAUAGCAAGCCAAUCGCAACCACAUUAGUAACACCCACAAGUGUUAGUUAUACUAAGGAUGCAAAACAAACAUUGUUUCCAUAUACUGUUUAUGAUGCAGCAAACAAGGAACUUCUUAAAUCAGGAGCUUCCAUUGACAAGUCUAGAUUGACUUUUGGAAAUAAAACAAGACAUGAAAUGUUAGAGUGGUUUAAAAUGAACGAGAAAGACAUUCCUGCUAUUUUUUUAAAACAAUUGAAUCAGGAAGAAAGAGAGUUGAGGGAGGGAUACUUAACUGAAUUGGGAUACAACAGAAGCAAGCUACAGAUUAUAAAAUCAAUAUAUGGUCAGUUGCAGAACCAGACUGACAGAACCAAGCCAGAGCGAGUCCAUCACAGAUCAAGAAGACAUUUGUUGUCUGCAGAGGAUCAGCUACACAGCCAAAUGGUAGUGGACCCUGCCAGACAUACUGAAAAUGGGAGACAGUUUUCUGUAGGUAGGCAAUCUCAUUCAAGAUCAAUCAGUAUACUCAAUGAUUUGGUGAUGUCUACAAAUAACCAUAUUAACAAUGCAAGAGAAUAUAAAAAAAAUGAAAAGAGAAAAGGUACAAUAAAGAACAUUUGGCAGUGGCUUGCUCGAUAUGGUAACUGGGAUCCUAUUGACAGCCCUUCUUCAACCAGUCCAUUCCGCUGGGAGAGGCAGAAGUUCUUCUUGGAAGUUAUUUCUUUGAAGGAGCGUCUGCAGAAUCAGCAGAAAUACAAGUCAAGCAGGAAGCCUUCCAGGAAGCUUCUUGAUACAUUUGCUAGCUCACUUUUGCAUGUGAGUAGAAUUUACAAUAGGCAGUUUGGCUACAAAGCAAGGAAGGUGCCAGCGCAUAUGCCCCAUUUCGUUGAUGUUGAUGUGGUUAAUGAAAUGCAAAGACGAUUCUGGAAAUCUUUUGAUGAGACGUCAUCACACAAGAUAAGGAGCCCACAGGAUAUGCAAUUUGCUUUUUCAUAUUCCUAUUACUUGAUGGAUCUACCUGCCUCAAUCAAUAUGUCUUCGAUUUUUCAAGAACUGGAUGCAGAUAUGUCAGGCGUACUAAACGACAGAGAGUUGCGUACUUUGGCUGCAAAAAUGUUCUCGUUGCCUCUUCAAUCAACAGAUAUAAAGAAUCUUGAAGAGAUGCUGAUGAAUUGCUCAGGCAUUGCAAACGGGUCUUUGCGCGAUAGCAGUACACCGCUUCUAUCAAUUGUUGUCACCAGGAAUAUGUUUGUUAAGUGCGAACCAAUAAAAAGGGUCUUUGAAGAAUCCAAGUCGAAAGCAAAAUAUAAGUUCGAAGUGCUUGGCGAUGAAGACGUGACAUUCAAAAUGAUACGGAACAAUGUUUCAUAUCUGAUUCACCAACUUGACUGGAUUCGGAAAAAUCGCAGAAAAUUUGUUUGCCUUAAUGACAAUAUAAAUCAUGAACUCCCACAAUCAAAGUUAAUUCGAACAAUUUUGAAGGACUUCUUGGAGUCACAGUUCCCUGAAAGAUCUCAAUUUGAGCUACCGCCAACCUAUAGAAACAAAUUUCUUAAAAUCGAAGAGCUCAUCCAAUGGAAGAAUGAUUUAGUAAAGAGCGAACGAAAGAGAACGAUUGUCAUAUAUAUACUCUUAUUGAUGAUUUUAAUUUUCAUUUUGAGAAGGCAAAUUUUGAAAUGUUUUCGCAAAAUUUUCGGCAUAAUAAAUAGGCGUUUAGGUUUUAUCAGUAGACCAAUAUUAAAUUUUUGUGAUAAGGAUCUAGUGGAAAUUUAGAGUUUUCGUUUUUUGAAUUUGUAAGGGCAAGGGAAUUGAGUGGUAAAAAUUAAUAAGA